AUGCAGAGGCCUCAUCAUCCACGCGGCCUCAUCUUGGCCCAGUUCGCCAGCCCAGGGCCCAAGUACGCCGUUCCCGGGACAAUAGGGUACCUGGCUCACAAUCCCACCAAAACCAAGGCCUCAGUGUACACGUUCCAAGGGGCCAAACCUCCCACCACAGACUGUUCCCCAGGGCCACGCUACUUCAGCCUGUCCUCUGUCACCCGCAGCAGCAAGUACAUGGCUCCAGCACAGCCCAUCUGGGGCUGGCACCCAGACAAGAUCGAGGUCACCCCCAGGCCAAGUGACUCCUGCACCAAGACCGCCAACAAGCACAUUUACAAACGUGUGCCGGAGCAGCCCAUGGCCUUCCGGCACAAGGCCGGCAGAGCCAGCCAGACACCAGGGCUCAACACCUACACCCUGCCCAGGCUGAUGGGGCCCAACACCACCUACACACACACUAGCCCCUGCUUCUCCAUGGCAGGCAGGAGCAAGCACAGCGGCUUUGCCAGGGAGCACUGCAAGGUGACGCUGAUCAAGCCCCAGGCACCUGCUUCCACCUUUGGACUCCGGCACUCCCUCUACACGACUCCCCUCUUCCUGACGAUCUGA